CGUGGAGGAGGAGCCGCGCACGCCACGUGUCCGCGUGCAGUGGAGGAGGCCUGCGUUUCUGACUGCCUUGUCUCGCUAGGCCAGCCGGCACGACAAGAGCCACUAGGGGAGGAGACUUGAUCAAUGGCGUCGCAGAACAAGAUGACAUCCUUCAACGUGGACGCGCCGCGAUGGGACCAGACGACCUUCGUGGGACGCCUCAAGCACUUCUUCAACAUCACUGACCCGCGCACCGCGCUGCUGUCCAACCACGAGCUGGAGCGAGCCAAGGAGCUCGUGAUGCUGUGCAGGGCUGGAUCCACCCCACCGGGCACCACCGUGGAGCAGCUGCACUACGCAAAGAAGCUCUACGACUCGGCCUUCCACCCGGACACGGGCGACCGCAACAACAUCAUCGGCCGCAUGUCCUUCCAGGUCCCCGGUGGCCUCGUCAUUACCGCCGGCAUGCUGCAGUUUUACAGGUCCAUACCAGCCGUGGUCUUGUGGCAGUGGAUCAACCAAUCCUUCAAUGCUUUGGUCAACUACACGAACCGCAAUGCUGCCUCGCCCAUCACGUCCACGCAGAUAGGCAUGGCUUAUGUGACUGCCACAAGCGCUGCUCUUGUCACAGCUGUGGGGCUCAAUCUCUGCACCAAGAAUGCGCCACCACUUGUGGCCCGCUGGGUCCCUUUUGUGGCCGUGGCAGCUGCCAACUGCGUGAAUAUACCCAUGAUGCGGCAACAAGAGAUCAUUAAAGGAAUCGUCGUGACUGAUGAGAACGGAAAUGAACUUGGACAUUCCAGGAAGGCGGCCGUGAAGGGAAUCGCGCAGGUGGUGGUCUCGCGAAUCACCAUCGCCGCGCCCGGCAUGAUUAUCCUGCCAAUCAUCAUGCAGAGGUUGGAAAAAUACGCAUUUAUGCAGCGAAGGCGGAUUCUGCUUGGCCCGAUACAGCUUGUCCUCCUCGGAUGCUUUUUGACUUUCAUGGUGCCAGCCGGAUGUGCACUCUACCCUCAAACCUGCUCCAUGGAGGUGAGCCACCUGGAGCCCGAGUUGCGGAAGUCGAUCGUCGACAGACACGGCGACGCUGUGGCGAGGGUCUUCUUCAACAAGGGGCUGUGAGCUGCUGCUGCCGCCAUGCGCAGGGGGCAGCCAAACGUGGAUUCCGUCGCGACGCCGUUCAAGCAGCCGUGAGGCCACCCCUUCACCUACCAUCACGCAAACUCUUUGGCUCGCCGUCGAACGAAGAGGGUCAACGCGUCGCGCGCUGCGGCGGUCUGGAAAGCUCUUCCGAUAAUAAUAAUAAUUGACAUUUAUUUGUAAGGCGCCUUCCACUGAUGUCUGAAGGCACCCUGUAAAAUGAGUGUUAAGCAAAGGCCAAGAGAGAAUGAUAAGCUAAAUAGAAUAAAUGGACGUAAGAAGAUGUGUUUUUAGAGGAGACUUACAAGUAUCCACAUUAUUGGAUAUGAUGGUGCCACUUAGCUUAGGGUACACAUCGCAGACAACCCGGGAUUCCGUGCCUCCUGCGGCUCCUCUCCCCCCGGCGGCCGCUAGGCUCCGCCCCCCCCCCCUCUCUCCCCCCUCCCUCUCUCUCCCUUUCUUUUUUUAUGCAUCUGUAGCGUUUUUUUUAUUUCAACCGGUGAGGCUCGUCGUCACGUCGAACAUAAAAGCCGCAUACUCUUAGAUUUUUUCGGUAAAGUCACGUAGGUAAAAAAUAAAAUUAAAAUUAAUAACAGUAAUCAAAAUACAAUUAUUUUAUUUCUA